AUGCCUGUCGAGGAGGUGAAACCAAGAGGAUCGCCUGUUGGGAACUUUUUCGCCAAGUUGGGUCGCCGUGUCAGAAGCAAGAGUCCUGCGGUGUCGCGUAUAGCUACAUGUGAAACUUCCAAAAGAAAGGACAGUCGUGGUGCCACGUUUGAGAAUGUUCAUAGAGACCGCGAAGAAGAUGGACUUGAUGCCUCGCAGACUCCACAUAGAUUCGGGACCCUUAUAAAUCGACUCUCUAGGAGGAAAUCAAAGAAAGGCGAAAAGGGAGAUACUCAUGUAGUAUCUUUGGACAGCGAAUCCGUGUCGGUGUCGCAACCGAAUUUCGGCACUCCUCGGCCGGCGAUCAGCGAAAAUGAUCUCCGUCAUGUGACUCUCCGUCGAGGAACGGAACUUGAUCUCACACCACUUUCUGGUGUUUCACAAUUUAUGUCAGAGGAUAACCUUGCUAGCGCUGAAUGUGGCACACCAGCGUACCGUACACCUAGUUACAUAAGAGUCAGCUGUGCACUCAGUGGCUACACCAAAACUCCGAGACGUUUGGAGAAUAGUGCAUCUCGUGCGAUGGGACGCAGUAUUGUGGAACGCCGUUUGGGGAUGUUUGACACAUCGAUGUCAAGCAGGAACGAGCCAGUCCAUAAUCAGAACGACAAAGAGUCCCGUGUUACUCGUACACCUUUGGCCAUGGGAGCUUCGUUAUCCACCCCAUCUCCAGUUCGAGCGUUGAUUGGACAAUUCGAUCGUCUUCAACUAUGCAGUAAAGAUAAGGAUGAUGUUGAGAAGGAAAAUACCGAACCAGCGAAGCAAAACGCUCACACAGCUAUAACCACCCAACCGACUCCUACGAAUAUAUUUAUAUCGGACUAUAUCGAGAAGCCAGCUCCGAUAAUAUCUGAAUCUCCUCCAGUCCCAAAAACUGAGGACAAAGAGCAGCCUAAACCAGAGAUCAACGACUUGAAAGCAUCCACUCCGAUAGUGAAGAAAUCUGAUAUGCGAACGGGCGAGGAUUUUGCUCAACUUCUUGAAUUUGUACGAUCCAGACUUCAAGCAUCUAUUAAACAAGUGCUCUCUGAACUUGAAGAGGUCGAGGCUAUACCUGAAGAAGCUGCAUCAUCCAUCCGAAUUGCUGCUGGAAAAGCUCAGCUUCUUGUUCGCAAAAAAUUAUCCAAAUUUGAUGAGCUGGUUAAGAAGAACCUGAAUCCGGUGGAAGGAGAUCCGCAACCAGCAACAUUGGAUGAUCUGGAAGGAUAUUGGGCUCUGGUUGAAAUCGAAUUGCACGACAUCGACGAGUGCUUCGAAAAGGUAAAUUCAUGGCGUGCGAACGGAUGGCAGUUAGGAGAACAAACAGAAACUGAGCAAUCUGUUACUGCUGUUGCUGCUAACAACAAUAAUAUAACGAAGAAGAAAACCGUACCAGCACGACCUGCUGUAGAUCCGUCAACUCGUGCAAAACAGGCGGAGAAGCAGAAAGCUGCUGCUGAGAUGCGACGAAAAGCGUUAGCUGAAGCAAAACAAAAAGCGAGAGCUGCCCAACAAGUGCAGCAACAACAAAAAGUGUCAGAUAAUGAUACUGCUGCCGCUGCUUCUCCGGAUGUUCUAAUGGUGCUGUAG